AGAAGAGCCUGAAGAUCACGGAUGCUUCGUCCGUAGACUUCGUCAAGACAUAUCUUCCCCACUACUCCGGCCCUCAAGUCAAAGUCCAGAUCGGCUCUCCAGACCACGAAUAUACGCUGUCAAAGGCGAUCCUAUGCCAACACUAUCGUUACUUCGCAAACAUGUUCGAUGGUGGUUUCAAGGAAGGCAAAGAGGAUAUUGCGAAGUUGGACGAAUUGGAGGGUACCGUUUCUGUUCGGAGUUUCGAGUUGCUUAUUCAAUGGAUCUACACCGGCCGGGUGAUUGUUGAAACAACAAUUUUGGCUGAGGAGAUUGAGGCUAUCGUUGAGUUUGCGCGACUUGCCGACUUCUGUCAAGUUGAAGGCGUGGAGAAGCUGGUGGCGGAACGCAUCAAGGCCUUAAUUGGUACGAAGGCUGAUCUGGAUUGGAUCCAAUCGCCGGACAACACGAAGUAUAUCACAUCUCGAGCAAUUUUAUGGGCUAGCUUUCUGCCGGGUGACCAUGCUGUUCGCAAUAUACUCGCCGCAGCCUCCGUUGAAGGGUACCUACGGUCCAACGAGCACAAGUUUGAUAAAGAGACACGAUCAAUCCAUAACUUUGCGGCUGAUUUACUGAAGGAGGUGAAGCUCACACUGGGGACGCUGACCGGUGAUAGAAAUGUCGGGUUCUACGUCGAAGAUCCUAUCAGUGGUGGCAGUUUUUCACUAGGACCGACGUACGGGAAUCUUAAGUGGUGAGUCUAGCUUGCUGAGACUUGGAAAUUUGGAUGUGGAGAUGUGGGGAUGGAGUUGCGUAGGGUCUAAGGGCUUGGUGGGUGGCGCAUUUGGCGAUUUGGUUGGGUUACAGCUUUGAAAAGUGCUUGGAAAAGCUUACCAGUAGAUCCCGCAAUUGACACUCUCUUG